GCGGGUAUGGGUUCUCAGUGCGUAGCAUCAUGCCUUGAGAAACCCCGAUGUAUCUGAUGUUCACCUAUAGUCGGGUGGCGGCUGGUCGGCGCUGUGGCGCCCGUCAGAUCGCUGAUCCGGUGCGGAGAACUUCGGAGAAGUUGGUGGGCCCAUAUCUGUCAAGACCACUCACCUCACCUUCACGUGGGGCUCCCCGUCACCCUGCAUCGGUCCCGACCGGGGUAGGGUGCGAAAGAGUGAGUGGCACCAAGGCGAGAGUAUGGCUCGUUAACCAUACGCCAUAAAACAAAUAGAUGAUGAAGAUGAUGAUGAAGAUAAUGAUGAUAUGUCGGAAAAUAUAAAUAAUGAAGUUUACGGUGCAGGGGCGGGAUACCCCAGUAGCGGCGCAGACGUGGGUGGACAAGCGGGCCCCGCUGUGUCGUUAGCUUGUGACCGUGGCCGGAUGGGGGCGGACCACCAGGCCCCCAUCCAUGUUAUCACGACUGGUGAGGAGGAAGAAGGAGACAUUGAAAUGGAAGAGGCUCCGAUAGCCGAUAUUGAACAUAUCCUGUCCUUUCAUCUCCGACAUAUAUAUAUAAUAAAUAUGUAAUAAAUAACAAUAAUAAUAAAUAUAUGUAUAAAUAUAUAAAAUAAAACUAACAAUAGUAAUAUAGAACGUUGCAUAGUAAAGAAACUUCAAGGAAGAGGCAAUAUGAUGUUUCCAAUGAAGGAUUUAAGAGACGUGGAAGAUGAUGAUUCUUACGUUUACGUGUCGAGAUGAUAUUAGUGAUUUGUCGAACUCGCAGGAGAUAUUCGUAUCGAGUUCAAGGCAUAAUAGUUCGACGGUGAGGCGAGCGACCGAGCUGCUUGUUGCCCUUGAGAGUGGAGGAGAACAAGAACUACCAAGAUCCCACUGGUGGUCAAGACUGUGCAACAUGUCUGCUAGUAGGCGCUACUUCCUUUUGUUGAUGCUCGAAAGCUUUAUUGGUUUGACUACCUUGGUCUUCACAGUUCUACUGACGCCCUAUAAGUCUCUCGGCCAGAGUUUGCAGAUGUGCGCAGACGGAGUUGCCAGUUUGACAGGACUUGCUGGUAUUGUUGAUGCGUUGAUGACGCCACGCAACAGAUUUUCCGGCUUUACCAUGGCUUUCCUUGUAUUCGACCUCGCUGCCUUUGGCCUUUCGUUUACAUCUCUAUCUGUGAUCGUCGUUCGUAUUUCCACAAACGUAGGGAUGCCACUGGAUGGUGACAAGUCUAAUUCGGUACGUAUUGUCUGUACUUUCACCGGUACUGUCCUUUCCUAUUUCUUUUUCUCUGCUGAACACUAUGUUGCACUACUGAAAUGUUAAUUACUAUUUUUCUACGUUACUUUUGUUUUCUUUUCCUUCAGUUAAAUUCUUCAUUAUUUAAUAAUCUAUACAAUUAUUUAUAUAGUAACAACGAUCAAAUAAAUGUUGGAGAGGACAUACAUAUUUUUAUUGAAAACUUUCAAUAAUUGUGCUGAACUAUAGAUGAUACAAUUAUAAUAAUAUUUUGUAUUACGAUUUGAAUUAUAAGAUAACAUUCAUGUAAGCCAAAUCUCACAUUGUUGCCAGGACAAUGCUAAAUUAAAUUUCAUCCGGAUAAAAAUUGUAUAUAUUUAAAAAUGCUUUUUCAUUAAACUAAAAUUUAUCUAUCAAAAUAGCUUCGCCUUAGAUAAAGUAUCCAAUGCUUUAUUACAUUAAUUAAAUGUUUUUUUUAAAAAGUAUUACGAAUAUUAAAAAAGUAGCUAAAAUUGUUAUCGAAAAUGUACUAAUAUUUAUUACUUACUAAUAAUAAGUUAUUAUUGCCUCUACCAGAAGAAUUUUAACUAGCUGAUGCACAUGCACUAUUUCAUUUGCGAGAAGAGCAUAAUUCCAGAAAAAAUGUCAUUUCAGAGCUGUACUGAAAAAUUGUUGAUCGAUCGUAUAGAAAAAUUCUUAAAGUGAAAACAGAAAGCGAUUAACAUAGCAAACGUUAUAUUAUAUUUCAUGCUUAAGCUUGUAGUGCAACGAUCGAUUCAUAGGCUAAUUAGUAAGCCAUAAAAGAUAUAACUUGGAAGAAACGAAGCUGGCACCCGGCUGGGGGUAGCCACCCACACGCUAUACUUAUUUUUAUUUUAAUUUUUUUUUCACCAAUAAGAUAUAACACUUUACCAAAUGUCCUUCAGGACAAAUUGUAAAAAAACCAAAAUAAAAGAAAAAAGAAAAAAAAAAAGAAAAAUUAGUAAGCAACGUCGGUGGCGCAAAUUCGUUUCCGAUCGUUUUCUCAUUCAUCGGUCGGGUCGAUGAGUUUCGGCGUCGCAAAUCAACCAGAACAGGGCUUAAAACCGCUGGAACCGUUCGAUCGCCGGAGAAAGUUUCCAAUGCCAAGGCUAAAACGCGGUCAGGGCACGCACCAUCGUGAAAUUUCACAAAAUUACUUCGCCUCUAGACCCCGAUGGAACGCGUCGCGCCUCUUCCGCUCAAUGAUCUAUUUUUCGAGAUACAUUUUUCGAGAUGCAGUAACCUGAAUUUUAAAGGAGGGAAUCGAUGGAUCGGAACUGCAAUGUUUUAAAGAUUAAGAAAUCGUUAUAGCGUAAUUGGAAUGUAAAGAAGCUUGAUGAAAUUUUCGUAUUUUAAAUAUUUUCUUAUUUAAUAGAUUUUUAUUUUCCAAUGUGUAUAUCAGUAUAUCUUUUCCUGUUUCUUUUAAGAAUUUGAUGCAGUUUAUAUGUAAAAAAGCACGAUAUCUUAUUGAAAUAGAAACUCAACGAUUCAAAAUAUUUCAAUUUCAUAAAAUUUUAGAAGAUCGUACGAUGGAAAGAAAUGGUAAUGAGAAAAAUAUCGAGGAAAUUCCAACUAAAUUGGCUGAAAUGAUAUAUGAAGGUCUGAGAUGAAAACCAUGAUAAUCCAUAUUAUCUAUCAUUUAUGGAAGAGUAAUUUAAAAAUACGCUGUCAAGCAAUUCUAUAUGAAAAUUAUACUGUCAUUUUAUUUUCGAGUUAAAUGAGCUUCUAAAUCUUGGCUUCUUGGGUAGUUAAAACUUCUUGGACAGUUAAAACUUCUUGGAUAAUUAAAGCUUCUUGGAUAGUUAAAAAAUAUUAACAAGAUCAUUUUACAAAUAAUGUUAAUCGUUCCUUACAAAUUACUGUGUUUUUGUCAUCUAUUUUUGAAAGAUUCAUAUCUUUGAAUCUGUCAGGUUAUUCCCUUUUAACUGUUUCAUACUAAACUGUUUCAUACAAAAAUAUUUCUUAAAAAAAAAAAAAAAAAAAAAAAAGAGAAGAACAAAAAUUAGAGAAUCUUUUCAUGUUUUAUAUGAACUAUAUAGUUUUAUAUUAUUCUCCAAUUCGACAUUUAUACCUUGAAUGUAAUAUUUUGAAAACGACCACUGUUACUAAAUUUUACCGAAAAUUUAUACAUAUCAGCAAUUAUUCACCUAUUCAAUUACUAUACUUGUAUAAAUGUCUGUUAUUAUUUGUGAAACUCAGUUUUCUAUUGUAAAAACUUGUUCGUAAAAAGUUAAACUUUAAUAAUAUGUACGUGUGUAUUCGUAGAGAUCAAAGAUGUACUAUCUUAAGAAUUCAUAAAUUCUUGUUAUGUAAUAAGAAUCUAAAUGUAAAGUUUCGCGAAAGAGCGGAUUACGGAAUUAAUGAUGGAUCGAAGGUGUACGAUCUGAAAGAUUCAUAAGUUCUUUUAAUAUAAUUUGAGUCUGAGAAACUUUUUAAAAAGCUAGAGCAUUGCAAAAGUAAUAAUUCAUCGAAGGAUUUAUAAAUCUUUGGAUUUAACUUGAGUUUAAACAGCACUGGAAGAGAGGAUUGUCGAAGUAACGAUGACUUCAAAGUACACCGUUUUAAAGAUGCAUAAAUCCUUAUAAGAGGACUCGAAGCUAGGAAAUUUUUCACGAAAGCAGGAUUAUAAAAAUAACAAUGGAUUAAAAGAUUUAUAAAUCUUCUAAAUUUAAUUCCAAUCUAUACAAAUGUAUACAGGUGAAAGGUGAAAAGGUGAAAGGUGAAAAGGUGAAAAGGUGAAAAGGUUAAAAGGAAUUAGAGAAUUAAUGAUGGAUCGAAAGUAUGUUAUGUUAAGAAAGUUAAGAAAAUUUUUGUUGAUUUCAAAAAUGGUCAUUUGAAAGAUAAAUGCACUUAUCCUUUCUAGUGAAAUGAUCAAAAUAUGGUAAUAAAUGAACAAUAUUAAUAUUAAACGAUAAGAGUUUUGUGAUAAUACUAGUAUAACAGCACUAAUAUGAAUUUUCAGUAAAACUAAUAAAUUUAGGGGCAAUGUAAAUUCUGUAAAUGUUAUUCAAAGUGUAAAUAUUAAAUAAGAAGGUGGUACAAACAUAUUUCAACUCGUUUAUAAAAUAAACACUUUUGACAAUAGAAAAUACUCAAAGAUCCACAUUGUCUUAAAUUGAAGAAAUUCUUUGAAUAGAAAAUCGUUGAUUCUAAAAAAUAAUGAUGCAAAAAACAUUCUAAAAAGGAUAAUAAAAUAAAUGGAAAAGUUUCUUUAGUUUAGACACGUUUUAACAUCGCAUCAACUCCAUCACGUGGUUAUUAGCGAUAGCUAAUAAUAACAAUAUUAGCAGAAAGGAAUUUAUUAUUAUUAGGAUAUUCUAGUUAAAUAUCGCUAAAUAAGGACAUGCCUUUCAGGAAGGAUAAGACGCGUGAAACUUGAGUUUUACCAUUGAGAUUUCCACCUAAAGCUCCUUUGAUCUGGUAUUUGUUACGAGAGUAAUUGUAUUUAAGACAAUUUACAGAACAUGUGU